AAACACAUUCAUGGCCGCACGCGCUGCCGAUGCCCCGAGCACACCGCUGAAGGACUUAACCCCGCGGGACGUCUGACGUUUCCGGCGAGCUCGCGCACUUUAGCACAGAAUUCAACUCCACAGGUUUGGAGACUCAGAGGAAAGCAAGUCCUUGAGGUCUGAACCAUUUUGAAGCGGAUUAGUCAUACUCAACAACAACUUUUUGUUAAAGGUUUCACUUAUUUGUUUUAAUUGUUACAUAUAGCUAAAUUAUUACCUCCUGUGAAUUAGUAUUUCAAUGUGAUGAAGUUCUAGGAUUUUUAUGAACUACGACCCAUCAUCCAGGUGUUCAAGCAUCUUCGCUUUCAUUAAUAAAACAAAGAAAGAACAAUUAAAAACAAAAUUAAAAAAGAAAUAAAAAAGCAGCAAAAGAGGCCUUUAACCAAAGGCACAAUCUCAGUCUGCAAGUCUUCCGACCCCUCUGAUCUGUUCGUGGUUCUAUCAAAGCCUUUCGAUUUCACCGAUGGGUUUCGCCGACCUCUUGGAGCAGGUGGGCAGCACGGGGCGCUUCCAGGUCGUGCACACCCUCCUGCUGUGCCUCCCCGUGCUCAUGAUGGCGAGUCACAACCUGCUACAAAACUUCGUGGCCGGGGUGCCCCCCCACUUCUGCAGCACGCACACGAACCUCUCCGCUUCCACGCGGAUGAGCGCGGCAGAGAAGCUGCACAUAACAGUGCCAAUUGAUGCAAACGGAUCUCCGGAGAAAUGCCGGCGUUACGAGUUGCCACAGUGGCAUCUGCUGGCCAACAACGGAAGCACAGAUCCCGAGGUGUGGGAAGACUCGGAACAGGCGGCCCUUCGGGGCUGCGACGACGGGUGGACUUACGACGAGAGGGAGAGAAGCUCCAGCAUUAUUUCAGAGUGGCAUCUGGUGUGCAGCCUGCGCUCCCUUAAGUCAAUGGGACAGACUGUGUACAUGGGGGGCGUGCUCGUGGGAGCGGGGGUCUUCGGAGCACUGGCCGACCACUUUGGGCGGCGGGUCCUACUGACCAUGUGCUACCUGCUGAUGGCCGUGAGCGGGACGUGUGCCGCCUUCUCCCCCUCCUUCUCCCUCUUCUGCCUCUUCCGCUUCAUGUGUGGCAUGGCUCUGUCGGGAGUCGGGCUCAACAGCUUCUCACUCAUCGUGGAAUGGAUUCCGACUCGCGUGCGGACGGUGGUUGGCACGGGGACAGGCUACUUCUACACCAUGGGCCAGCUGAUCCUGGCGUUGGUGGCCUACUUCAUCAGGGACUGGCGCUGGCUGACCUUUGCUGUGUCCUUGCCGUUCUAUGUGGCCUUCCUGUACUCCUGGUGGCUCCUUGAAUCUUCACGAUGGCUGGCGCUGAAACAUAAGCCGGAGCAGGCCGUCAAAAACCUAAGAGCAGUGGCGCGCUACAAUGGUCGCCGAGCCGAUGGAAAGAAGAUUGACGUGGAGGUGGUGCAGUCGUCCAUGAAGAAGGAGAUGUCCGGGUGCAAGAGCUCCUACACCAGCCUGGACCUGUUCCGCACCCCCGCCAUGAGGAAGAUGACAGUGUGCCUGAGCGCCGUCUGGUUCUCCACUAGCUUUGCCUACUACGGCCUCUCCAUGGACCUCCAGAAGUUUGGCGUGGACAUCUACCUGAUUCAGGUGAUAUUCGGUGCUGUGGACUUCCCCGCCAAGGUGAUCAUCAACAUCACCAUGAGCUACUGCGGUCGCCGGCUCUCACAGUGUGGGGGCAUUGUCCUGGCUGGCAUCACCAUUCUGUCCAACCUGUUUGUGCCUUACGAUAAACAGAUGCUGCGAACAUGUCUAGCCGUGAUUGGAAAGGGCUGUCUGGCCGCGUCCUUCAACUGCUGCUUCCUGUGGUCAGGGGAGCUGUACCCCACUAUCCUACGACAGUCAGGUCUGGGCUGGGUCAGCAUGAUGGCACGGCUGGGAGCCAUGGCGGCUCCGUUGGUGCUCCUGCUGGGGGAGUAUGUCACCUGGCUCCCAGGCUUCGUCUUCGGCCUAGUUCCUUUCCUGAGUGGCGUUGCAGCCUUGUUACUGCCCGAGACCCUGAACACCCCACUGCCAGACACCAUACAGGAUGUAGAGGAUAGGGGGACUGGAAGAGUCUCCAAGACUGAGAAAAAAGAAGCAAUAUUCUUACAAGACAACGCAGACCAUCUGCUGAAGCAAACAUCUUGAUCGUCAUGGUAUACGUUGCCCUCUGCUUUGUAGCCGUAGUCACUGGCGCCAUCUCUGGGUGGGGG